GAGCCACUUCACUGUUGCCAGGAGAAAAGCGUUGCUAACCUCAGCGACCACACGGCGGGUUAGCUCGCAGCUGAGGACUUAAGUUUGUGUGUUUAUUAGUCCGGCAGCCGUUGUCUCUUGGACAGUAAGAAAAUGCUGGGGUAUAUCUGGCAGUACGUCUACACAUCCUUCCUGAGAUACCUGCUGAAGUGGUUCCUCCGACAGGCAACAGGAAAGUGUGAGCUGCAGAGAAUAUGCUCCGGAUACAAGCCUGGGGCAACGAGGACGACAAAAGCAGAGUAUUCUCUCCGGUCAUCAAAGAACAAGGUUUUAAGAGGAGCUUUGGAAACCAACAAGGAUAAAUUAGAGCAAUGUGUGGAUCAAAUUAUGAAAGUGAAGAAUGUCAAACCCCAAAAAGAUCCCCAGUUCAAGGAAAGUCUACACGUCUGUCUGUUACAGAUCACAGGACACAGCAGCCUGUAUACAUCUGUGGAAGACUUGAGAAAGCAAGUCUUCAACUCAGACAACCAAGAACAUGAGGCCAUGCUGUUGAAGCUGUGGGACCUGCUGAUGCCAACAGUCAAACUGGAGUCCAGGAUAACCAAGCAGUGGGGAGACAUUGGAUUUCAAGGAGAUGACCCCAAGACUGACUUCAGAGGAAUGGGCAUGCUGGGCCUAAUCAACCUUGUUUUUUUCAGUGAAAACUACACAGAGGAGGCUCGCCAGGUGUUGUCCCAUGCAAACCAUCCUAAACUAGGGUAUUCAUAUGCCAUAGUUGGGAUCAACCUGACAGAGAUGGCCUACAGCCUCCUGAAGAGCGGUGCUUUGAAACCCCAUUUCUACAAUACAGUACUGGGCACGCCUGAGCUCUGGCACUUUCAUCAGCUAUACUGUUAUCUGGCAUUUGAAUUUGAUAAAUUCUGGGUGGCAGAAGAACCAGAAAGCAUCAUGCAGUUCAAUCAGUACAGAGAAAAAUUCCACGAUGUAGUCAAGACGCAUCUACAGGACCCCGACGUAUCCCUCACAUUGACUGUCCGUUCUAAAAACUAACGCUAUUCACAAAUCUCCUCUGACCUUUCCCUGGCCCCUGACCUUGUCCGAUCGGGCAGAAGAAGGCGAGAGCCGUAAACGCAGAAGCUGGUCGCUCACUCACAUUCCUCAAAAAUUCAAACAGAUAAAUCCUCUUAUAUUUGGUUUUGUGAUUCAUUAGUCAUGCUCUGUUGAUCUUGUCUCAGUGAUAGUUAAGGGUUUUUGAAAUAGAGCACAAAUCUAACACCCUAUACCUCAAAAAUGACCAUUCCGGCGUUUAAUUAAGCUUUGUAAAAAAAGGGGCAAAUGAGAGCAGUUGCGGAGGAUUGUAGCGGUAACAGGUGUGUCUGUUGUAAGAGUUAAAGCACUUUGAGCAAAAGACAGUUAUUAAAAAUGGCGAUUAACUACCAUAUUUGUAGCUUUCUUGUUUGUAUUUAUGUAAACAAGACUUAUGUCUUCUCACAGUUGUCCUGCUCAGGAAUUUCAUUUGACCAUAGCUAAAACCUAAUGUAAGGAAUAACUAGUUCACGUUUUGAUGUGUCCCCCUUGAUGUCAUCUGUAUUCUGUAAUAUAGGUGAUGUUGAAAUCAAAAUGGUUGUUUGCCUCCAUUUUCAUAAAUUUGUAUUUCUGAAGAGUGAUACUGCAUUUUUAUUACCCGUUAUUUUUAUGCCGUGAUUUGCUUUCAAGGAAGGUAUGUAAUGAUUAACAGAUCUUACUCAAAGUUAAUAAAUACACGUUUUGAUGUUUUGAAA